CGUCCACCUAUUGACAUUCAAUGACAGUUUCUAUCGGUUUCUACACAUUUUCCUACGUUUGUUUGAUAGCACGGGCAGUUAAACCAUAAACUGUCCGUCAUGCAAAGAGCCGCACAUACAGCUUUAUACGACUGGUCUCAUAUUGUCGGUCCAGCGAUGAUUCGCCAGUGUUUAAAAUGCAGAGCGCCCCUGCUGCAGAGCUCACGUGCAUACAGUGUGAUCCCGCCCCCGCGAGACAGUGGGGAGAAAGAGAUGCUGGAUCGAAUUCUGCGCGUGGACCAUGCGGGUGAAUAUGGUGCCAAUCGUAUCUACGCCGGCCAGAUGGCAGUGUUGGGUCGAUCCAGAUCUGGGCCUCUCAUCCAGGAAAUGUGGGAUCAAGAAAAGAAACACCUUGAGAAAUUCAAUGAAAUCAUGGCUGAGAACAGAGUUCGGCCCACAGCACUGUUACCCCUCUGGAACAUCGCUGGGUUUUUAUUAGGGGCAUCCACUGCACUGCUUGGAAAGGAGGGUGCCAUGGCCUGCACUGUGGCGGUGGAGGAGAGUAUCUCAGAGCACUACAACAGCCAGAUAAGAGCUCUGAUGGAGGUGGACCCAGAGAGAUACACUGAACUCUUAAAAGUCAUAAAAGAAUUCAGAGACGACGAGAUGGAGCAUCAUGAUACAGGAUUGGAGCAUGACGCUGAACAACUACCUGGAUACUGGCUGCUAAAAAAUGCAAUUCAGCUGGGCUGCAAAGCUGCAAUAUAUGUUUCUCAGCGUGUCUAACUCUGUAUUUAAAAGUUACAUUUUUCAAAUGUUUGUUUUGAUAUUUUGACUCAGUUUUUGUAAAUAGGUUCAUUUGAAUUUUUGUUGUUGCACCUUUGCCAGAUUGAAAGUAUUGUAUACAAACAUUCAUAGUUAUCCAGAUGAACCUAAAUUUUAUUGCUUUGUACAGUAUAUAAUUCAUGGACUGUUUAAAUGGGUGGAGGUGAAGCUCCCUGAAUUAAAUGGCAGAUCUCUACACUGUUUUGUGUGUAGAGGUUUCAUUUCUUUAAAGUGAUGAUGCUCAUGAAAUUGGUGGAACAAGUGCUUUUGCUUUGUAAAAUGUGACUUUACAGAAUAAAUAAUCCAACUUC